UAUGGCUGCGUUCGGAAUCGCAUACUUCCCUACUAUAUAGUAGGCGAAAAGAGUAGGCGAGCGAAAAAGUACGUUCGAAUCCUCAGUAUUCAUAAAAGAGUAGGCGAGAAUUACCUGGUUGACGUACUAAUUAUCGCGAGAUUUGGACGAUAGUGCGUUCGAAUAUGCCUACUUUCCUACUAUAUAGUAGGCGAAAACAGUACGUGAAAGAAGCAGUACGUUCGAAACAUCAGUAUUCCUAAAAGAGUAGGCGAGAAGUUCCCGGAUGAUCUCCUGCUUUCGCCCAGACAUUUGAGUGCUUUUCAGCUUGUACUCAUCUAUCCCAGGAGGCCACGCGAGAGGAUACGAUAUAAAAGAAGAACAAGAAGAAGUAGAUAUUUCAUACUCAAACAUGAUGGAAAGGGUGGACGAGAGUGUUUUCAAAUGGACGGAUGAGCACACGCGGCUGCUUAUCCGGUGGAGAGUGGCUCAUGAAGCGCUCUUCACCGGAAAGCGUAAUGCUGCCAUCAAAGGCUUUGAAUCUUUUGUGGAGGAGCAGAGCCUGCAAGGCAGGGUGACGGCGGCGUUUGUUAAAAAAAAAAGGGAAAACCUGAAACAAAAAUACAAAGAUCUGAAAUGUCCGCAGACGGGGGUGAGCACUGAGGAUGGAGAGCCCACAGCAGCAUCCUGGAAGUGGUACACUGCCAUGGAUGAGGCAAUUGGGGGCAGACCCUCCAUCUCUCCUCCUGCCCUCGUUGCCUCAUGUGGGCCGGAUGCUGCUGUGGUCUCUUCAUCCUCAGUGAGGCCAGAGCCAGCAAGAGCCAGGAAAAGGGCUAUAGAUGUGGAGGAGCUGAUCCGGGACAUGGAGGAGCGAGAAGAGGAGAGAGAGCGGAAGGCAGCUGAGAGGGAGGAGAGGCUGUGGAGAGAAAUGGAGGAGAAGGAGGACAGAAGAGAACGGGAGAGACGAGAGAGAGAGGAAAGACAAGAAAGAGAAGGAAAAUGACCCUGGACAAACCUGGAGUAAAGAGCCUUGCUGAUUGACCAGCAAUCUUCUUCUAACCAGUUCAUUGGUUUAUCCCUCUACACUACAAAAGGUAGUCGUGCUCAUGGAGAGCAGGCACAGGGAUGUUUGGAGCAGACACUGCAGCAGCCAGAUUGUCCCGCACUUGUUCUCCCACUCUUGCUGCAAGGUUGUGGGGAUCAGGGGGGCCGUCAUCAUGGUCUUCCUCAUCCUCUGGCUCAACGAUGUCCCCAUUGGCUAGAGCGAGAUUGUGAAGCACAGCGCAGCACGCAACAAUCUCAGGCACGAAGGCAGGGCUCACCUCCAAGGCCUUGAAGAAGAUACAGCGCCAGCGUGUCUUCAGCAUCCCAAAAGCUCUCUCCACGAUGUUGCGGGCACGGGAGUGCUUGCUGUUGAAACGAGCCUGCACAGGGUUCUGUACAGGCUCUCUGUAAGGGGUGAUGAGGCAGAUGGGUGCACUCAGGCAAGGAUAGCCUCCAUCCCCGAGGAUGCACUUGCCUGCAGGUGGGUAAAGGCUGCCAGCAUACACUGGACUGUUCAUCAGCACCCUGGCAUCGUGCACAGACCCAGGAUAUCCCACAAAGACAUCAAGGAAUUUCCCCCGGUGAUCAGAGAUGGCCUGGAGUUGGAUGGAGUGAAACACUUUUCUGUUGAAGUAACAGUGGGAGUUAUUUGCUGGAGGUUUGAUACGGAUAUGACAGCCGUCUAUUGCACCAACUGCUCUGCUGAAAGCUGGUGACCCAGACAGCUGCGCAAAUCCUGCUCCCACUGCCUCCAGGUCAUCUCCGGUCGGAAAGCAGAUCACCCUCCUCAAAAUUCCCAUGAUGGCCUUGCUCACUCUGUGCACAAUGUCAUGCACAGAGGUCUUUGGGAUAUCGAAGGUCUGCGACACCACCCUGUAGGAUGCUGCAUGGGCCAGCCAGUGCAGGAACACAAGGACCUCAAUCUCCCGUUCCCAUCCAUGGUCAGAUCCAGGUCUGACUGCAGCAAUCAGGGACCUGAUGGACGGCAUAGACAGGCGAAGGUGGGCACGGUGGUCAGCUGCCUCAUCAAGAUAAAACCGCAAAAUGGGAACAGCUCUAUUGAGAUGGCAGUAUGAUGUGGGGUUCACUGCCUGCAAUAAAUACAUCAUAGUUUGUUAGAACAAAAAGCUUGAAUAAAGCGAUGUUUCAUGUGGUAUUGACUUGUAUAUGUAUUUAUUUAUUGUGAUGAUUUCUUUUAUUCAUUCACUUAUUUUUAUUCAUGUUUCAUAUUGUUGUCAGUAAAUAAAAUAUGAAUUUCAUGAAUAAAAAUGUAUUUACAUCAUC